AUGUCUCAAUUAACUUCUGUAAUUAAAAGGGCAAACUCUUCUUUGCAUUCUGCUACUGUUAUAUUUUUACAUGGUUUAGGUGAUAGCGGACAUGGAUGGGAACCAAUUGCUAUAGAAAUAGGUGAAAAAAUGGAACAUGUAAAAUUUGUGCUACCAAAUGCACCAAUACGUCCAAUAACUGUUAAUACAGGUAUGAAGAUGCCUGGAUGGUUUGAUGUUACAACUUUAAAUGUAGAUCAAAUAAAUGGUGUGGAUGAAGAUGUAAAAAAAUUGAUAAAAGAUGAAAUUGACUCUGGAAUUGUUUCUAAUCGAAUUGUUGUUGGAGGAUUUUCUCAAGGAACUGCGAUAGCUCUGGCUACAGGGAUAACAUCAGAAUAUCCUUUAGCUGGAAUAGUUGGAUUAUGUGGGUUUUUAAGAAUGGAAGAAAAGACUAUUCAAAUGUCCACUCAAGCAAAUAAGAAUACACCAAUAUUUAUGGCUCAUGGUAAUAAAGAUAUGGUUGUAAAAUAUCAAUUGGGUAAACGGACUUCAGAAUUUCUUAAAAACAAUGGUUAUAAUGUAACAUUCAAAACUUAUAAUGGAAUGGACCAUUUUCCUUCAAAUCAAGUGAUCUCUGAUCUAGCUUCAUAUCUGAAACAAGUUAUUCCCUAA